UCUGUGAGGUGGAAGAAGCGCCCUGGGCCCCACGGUCCAGCAGGGGGCUGCUCACCCUGGCCGCAGACCCCAGCAAGAGGGAUGGAGGAGGAUUCCAGCCGGACCCAGAGCUCCUGACUCCUGCGGAGGGGAGACCGGCCGGGUGCUCAGCCUCCAGUCCAUGCGCUGCCGGGUCAGACUGGAGAGUCACUAUGAGAUGCUGCGCCUCUGAAGACCACAGACUACCCUCCACAGCCCACAGAUGGCUUCAGCCUGGCACAGCGUGGCAUCAGGACAUGGACACAUCAUGUCAUCUGCAGGAAAACCGGACCCGUGUGCGGGAUGUGGGCAUCUGCUGGGGGCAGCCAUCUCUAUUAGGACAGUUCCUGAAAAGAAGAAUGGUUGUGCCCUUCAGGUCCGUGCCCAGCUCUCCCCUGGUUGCUGUCCUCGUCAUGCUGAUGCUGCUGUCCUGGAAGACAUGUGAAGCCGGAGACCUAAACUUAUUUUCAAACAGCACUUUUGAUGACAUCAUCAGAUUGAAAGACCUGGAUUUCUCUGCUAUGAGACGUACCACACGGGAGAUCCCAACUGACCUCCAAGGAUUGAGAGACAGUCUAAAUGGCGGCCACCACUUAAACACGCAAUGGAAAGGGAAGAUCUGGCCCUGUGACGUACUACUCAAACUGUCUCGACAUGUUUUAAUAUCUGCUUUAGGACCCAACCUAGCAUGGAGUAUUUUUCCUUAUGACAGCUGUGACCAGGAUUUGAAGCCCACAGAUACUCUUAUUAGCCCUUUGAAACUCUUGCAAGUCAAUGUAAAACCAAUGCUGCUCCACAGAGUGCUCCGAUUCCUAGGAGAUUUGGGAUUUCUAGUUGAGACACAACAAAGUAAAGCGCUAUCUCUGCUAAAGAAGAAAAUGUACAAGUCAGGAAAACCAUUGAAGGAUCCCAGCAUGCUUGACAGGUGUCCUGAUAAGAAGCCUUAUCUCAUCCCUUGGCAUCCUGGCCAUGAUGGACGAAGGUCAGCUGUUAUAGGACAUGGUGUUGCCCUAAGGCUUGAAUCUUCAGCCACCUUCCACUCUCUGUUAAUUCAGGACGGAGGAUCUUUAGUCUUUGCAGAUGACCAUAUACCAAUAACUCUAAGAGCUCAGUAUAUCUUAAUUAAAAAUGGUGGUUCUCUACACAUUGGCUCAGCCAAAUGUCCCUAUAGCUCUGAUGCAACCAUAUCUCUGUAUGGAAAGUCCACCGAGGGGGAUGACAUAGAUGACUUUGGGAAGAAAUUUAUUGGUGUAGAUAAAGGAGGAAUACUGGAACUACAUGGAAGAAGACCUUUAUCUUGGACACAGCUAGACGCAACUCUGCAUCCUGGUGGCCUCCCUUAUGGAUCAUACAAAUGGGAGAAACACUGGGGAAGCCGUGGUAUCAAUGUAAGGAUUAUUGAUCCAGAGACUGGUCAGGUUGAAGCUGCUGAAAGGUUUGAUACCCACAUGUUUCUGGAAGAAGGAAGGAGACUGGAAGAAUUUUUGUCCAGACAGAGUCCUGGUAAGGUGGUGGCGGCAGCAGUGGGAGACUCGGCUGCAAAGAGUUUAAGUCCAGAUGUGAGAAGAUACCUGAGAGAAGUCCUAAGCAGCAGAUACAUCUAUCAUCUGGGCUACAGACAGCCAUGGGCACUUGUUGGUACCCUAGGAAAAGGGGCAUUAAAAGUAAAUGAGGACAGAAAACACUACGAGAGCAAUGGGACCACUGGACUAGCAUUUGCAAGCAGAGAAUUUCAGACUUACGGAGGCAUGCAUUUUACAGUUACUGCCUACAGUGGUUGGAUUAAAGGAGUUCCGCGGAAUGGGUUCCGAGUGGCAGUGUCCAGGGGCAUCAUCCUGACAUUAGCGGAUGAUGUUACAAGCUGGUUGCCUGGUAACAGGAUCGUCAUCGCCAGCACUGAUUACUCAAUGCACCAAGCCGAAGAAUUCACUCUGCUUCACUGCCCCCAAUGUAAAAACAAUCAGGUCAAAAUUGAUGGGUACCCCCUGUAUCUACAUGUUGGAGAAGUAAUUGAUGGCAUUGAUAUGAGAGCAGAGGUUGGACUUCUCACUCGGAAUAUUGUUAUCAAGGGGGAAAUGGAAGCCUCUUGUUAUGGUCACAACCAUUGCCAGUUCUUCAGUUAUGACACCUUUGGGGGCCAAAUUAAGAUUCAAAGCCACUUCACUUCAGUUCACCUGUCAGGAAUAGAGAUCACCAACAUGGGGCAGCAGAUAUUAGGAAGUUACCCAGUACAUUUUCACAUGGCUGGAGCCGUGGAUGAAGAAGGUGGAUACAACCCCUCAACAUACAUUGAUAAUCUUGCCAUCCAUCACUGCUUUUCCAGAUGUGUCGCCAUUCAUGGAACUCAUGGUCUCUUGAUAAGAGAUACAAUAGGCUAUGACACACUUGGCCAUUGCUUCUUUUUGGAAGAUGGAGUGGAGCAAAAGAACACCUUCUAUCAUAAUCUCGGGCUGGUCACAAAGGCUGGCACCAUUCUGCCUACUGAUCGCAAUGAGGCCAUGUGUCUGGAAAUGCGGGAACAUGUUUAUGGAGAUUAUAUCCCAGUGCCCAGUACAGACUGCAUGGCUGUCAGUACAUUUUGGAUUUCGAACCCUAAUAACAACCUAAUUGGGAAUGCUGCAGGUGGAGCUCAGGAUGUUGGUAUAUGGUAUAUAUUUCAUCGAGUACCGUCCGGUCUUUCGGAGGGCCUGUAUCCAGAAGGGCAUUCAGAAUUUACUCCCCUGGGAAUAUUCCUCAACAACAGAGUUCAUUCCAACUUUAAGGCUGGUUUAUUUAUUGGGAAAGGUGUGAAGACAACAGUGGCAAGUGCAGAAAACCCUAGGGAAUAUCUAACAGUCGACAAUGCUCGUUUCCGUCCUCACCAGGAUUCAGACCCAGCCAAGCCUCGAGUGCCUGCUCUCAUUGAUAGACUCAUAGCCUUUAAGAACAACGAUCACGGUGCAUGGGCCAGGGGUGGUGACAUCGUCUUCCGGAACUCAGGGUUUUCAGACAGUGGAAUUGGACUUACACUAGCCAGUGAUGGAACAUUCCCAACUGAUGAAGGAUCAAGUCUCGAGAUAACAGAUUCCAUCUUUGUAGGGGAAAGUGACAAUGUAGGCUCCUCUGGUGGACAGAACAGCUACUGGGGACGCGGAGGGUCAGGUGAACAGAGGUCGCUGCCACGGAAUAAGACAUUCCCAAUUCGUGGAUUUCAGAUAUAUGAUGGGCCAGUCCGACUUCUCAGAUGCACAUUUAAGAACUUUGUCCCAACUGCAGAACGACCUUCCAGUGCUAUUGGAUUUUCUUUGAAGAAUUCCUGGCAAAUCACACCUCAGAAUAACAUUUCUCAGGUCAAGAUGGAGAGAAGUAUGCAGUCACGAGUUUUCUUUGGAGAGCCUGGACCAUGGUUCAGCCAUAUGAACAUGGAUGGAGACAAGACCACAGUUUUUUAUGACGUAGAUGGCUCAGUGUCAGAAUAUCCAGGAGCAUUUUUAGUGAAAGAAGACAACUGGUUAUUGAGACAUCCUGAUUGUUUAGAUGUUCCAGACUGGAAGGGAGCAAUUUGCAGUGGCAAUUAUGCCCAGAUCUACAUCCAAGCAAGAAGACCAGCCGACGCGAGUAUGACAAUCAUUAAAGAUGAGUACCCUGAGCAUCCAUUGCACUUAGAAGGAGCGCUUGGAAAAAGCAACCAUUAUCAACAGUAUCAGCCUGUCAUCACUCUGCAAAAAGGCUACACAGUACACUGGGAUAUGACCGCCCCUGAGGAGCUGACUCUUUGGCUUAUUAACUUCCAAAAGAAUGACUGGAUUCAAGUAGGAUUUUGUUAUCCUAAAGGGACAACAUUUUCCAUCCUCUCAGACAUUCACAAUCGCCUUGCAAAGCAAACAUUCAAGACGGGAACCUUUGUACGCACAUUCCAAAUGGACAAAGUGCACCAGGCAUACCCUGGCAGAGGGUAUUAUUAUUGGGAUGAGGAUUCAGGGCUGCUGUUUUUAAUGCUGAAAGCUCAAAAUGAAAAAGAGAAAUUAGCAUUUUGCUCAGUGAAGGGCUGCGAGAGAGUAAAAAUCAAAGCCGAGAUCCCAAAAGGUUCUGGUGUCAGCAACUGCCAAGCUUCAGCCUACCCCAAAUAUUCACAAAUACCCAUAGUGGAUGUGCCUCUGCCAAAGAAACUGAAUGGGAAUGAUCCGGAGAAGACAAAUGAUCACUUACUGGAGAUCAAAGUAGAGUCCUACAACACCAGAUACUACCAUCUAAAAGAUGACUUUGCAUACAUUGAGGUGGAUAACAAAAAGUUCUUCAUGCCAGACGAUGGGAUACAAGUGGUUGUGAUUGAUGGAAGUCACGGAAAAGUUGUAGACAGUGCUAGCUUCAAAACUGCCAUCCUACAAGGAAUCCCAGCUCAGUUUGAUAACUAUGUGACCAACAUCAAAGACAACUCUAUUGUGGUCAUCGUAUCAAAAGGAAGACUUUACCACAAAGGACCUUGGCUCAGGGUUCUGGGAAGACUUGGAGCUGAGCGGGAUCUAAAGCUGAAAGAUAAACUAGCUUUCGUUGGAUUUAAAGGACAUUUCAGACCUAUUUGGACCAAGCUGGUUACAAAUGCAGAGGCUUCGAAAAUCUACCAAGUUGUCCCUUUUCCUGUGAAGAGAAUAAUGAAAUUAUGAACAUGGACGGAUGAAGUUUUACCACUGUUUUUAUUCCCAGGCAGGGGAGGAUUGCAGACAUUGGCACAACAUGUCAGAAUGCACAACCUCUCCGCCCAUUGACACGGCACAGAGUGUGCUUGCGUUGUACACAUUGUACCUGGGUAUUGUCAAAAGGAAUCAGUGCCCAUGGGCUUCUCGUACCCACCAUGCCAGGCUCCCAUGUGCUCAGUGCCGCACUAGCAUUGAAGAGGACUUGUCGUUAGCACAUAGAAUAUUAUUCCUACAAAUUACAAUUUGUAAUUAGGGGAUUCAUAUGUAUCCUUGUAGUGCCAUCCCUAUACUGCCAGGGUAACGCAGUUGCACAGUAUUCAUUCACAAGUUCUGCUUUUUGGUGGCCAUAGAGUUGUUCAGGUUUAAAUUAAUUGUUUGCAUCAAACAGGCUCGCCAUAAUACUCAAUAUUUUUAUUUGUCACACCUGGAUUCUCUACUUUAACCAAUUUUUGCCAAAAGAACAUUUCACAUCAAGAUUUUAUGUCUGUCUAGUAAAUGUUUUAAUAUUAAUAUCCUAAAAUACAUGAUGAGGGACCAAAGGCUUACCUUGAGCAUCUGAAAGAUGUGGUGUUUCUGAUAUGUUGUGUCUGUCAUCUGGUAGGAAUUCAUUUCUGUAAGCUUGCAUGGACAGCUUGAAGCAUCUUGUUAAAUUGAACAUUUUAGCAUGAGCUGAACAUUUAAAUUUUUGCCCUCACAGCUGCAGCUUUUCAGUGGAAAUAACCAUAAUAUUCACCAGAGCUACUGUACAUAUACAUAUACAUAUAGUGAGGGUAUGGAAAAUACAAACCGUACAUUCUGUCAUAGUAGUCAUUUUUGUAUCAUCCCUAAAUAAGCGAUCCAGCCAUGUUGUCUGCAAGGUUCUAAAUCUGAAAAUUCAGUCUAGGGGUAAAAAAAAAAAAGAGAAAAUGAUUUAUGGUAGUAUCUGAGUUUUCCUCUUCUGGACCCAAACGGCAGAGGUUUCCUUAUUAGCAAAAACCUGGGUGUUACACUUAUAAAAAUACAAAUAAACCAAUAGGAUUCUGCCACGCAGAUCUACUUGUUUUCACAACAUCCCAUCUGAACACAAAUUAAGAUACUCUAGUGCAGGAAAACUAAAGAAAGGGAAUUCCUUUGUCUAGAUCUAGAUCCACAGACGUCCCCUCUGUAGCCAUCUAGCUUUUAUACCAAAUAUUGCAACCUAGAUAUAUAUGACUAUAAAGAGCAGUGUUUAAAUAGAAUAGAUAACCGAGAUUUACUUAAUCUACUAUAUCAUUUUCCUCAAAUACCACCAUGUCUUCUCAUUUUACGCCUAGACUGAAUUUUAAGAUUUGGAGCAUUGCAGACAACAUGGUCAGAUCCCUUGUUUAGGGAUCAUAUAAAAAUUCUACCAUGACAGUUCUGGAGGUACACUUCAUUAAAAGUCAGAUGAUUCCAUCGAUGAUUAGCCUAUGUUACGCAUCUUAGUCCAGUGUGAUUAUUUAACUUUCAUAUUUGCUAUGUUUCUAGUAUGGCUUGAAGGUGCAGCACACGUUCUACCUGGCAAUUGUUUGCUAUGGGAUGAGAACAUUUUUGCACAACUGAGUCACAUUACUGAAUUAACCUCACCAUUUGUGGAAAAGGUCACCUAGAACAAUACAGAAAGCAGAAAUGUAAUUGACAGCUCUGCAUGUGGUAGGACUUGAUGUGAUAAUACCUCUUGGGUGAAAUGUUUGAACACGAUUUUACAGUUUAUAUUGAGGUAUAAUCUACAUACAGAGUUGAGCACUUUGCUUAUGUAAUUUUCAGUCAUAGCUUUUCUCAUAUCUCAUUUUCAUGGCUUCAUUCAGAAUUACAGUUUGUAGUUUUCUGAGCUCUAAUCUCCCAGAGUAGCUGCUGGUUCAGUGUCUGUACAGAACGUGUUUUGGUGAUGAGCCUCGUGCUGCAGUUGUUACAUUGGAACUUUGCAGUAGGGUUUAUUGAUGCACAUUUUUGCUGAGACUUUGGAAAAGAACAGCAAGAUGUGAUCUGACUAAAACCUUAAGCUUCCGUAGGAAAAACUAAUUUUCUAUAAUGUAACAAGGGAUGCAUUACAUGAGCUCAGCUAAGCCCUUAGAACGGUGUCUGUUGACAGAGCAUAUCACCUUGCGUUAAAAGUAGAAAAAUUUAAUAAAGCAAGUUAUUUUUCUAAGUUACUCAACUUUUUAUGAAGAUCUUGAUGUAAGCUGUAAAAUAGUUCAGGAAGUUGAACUUGCACUUUAAGGGUAUGGCCACGUGUAGUGUUUACAGAAGUG